AUGGGAAGGUUGCAAUGGAGAGUUGGUCGCAAAUUUGUGGCCCUGUUUUCAUGUUUCGCAAACCUGUUCAGAUCAGUGCCGAAUUUUCUUUAUUUCUGGCAUCCAGUACGCAACGUGGAACAACUGCAAAAACAUGCCCGAGCAGAUGAAAAGGAUUCUCCAGAUGUGGUUAGGUGGACAGAAGAACCAGAAUUGGGUGUUCUUGAAGUUGAACAAAAAUUUUAUUGCACAGGUGCCUUUCUGCAAAGGUUGGGGCAACUGGCAUAUGUUCAAUGCCAAAAUCGUUUCACAGAUGUGUAUUUUGACGCCAUCGAUUUGUCGCUCACGAAGAAAGACAUGUGGUUGAGGAGUCGUGAUGGAAAUUUGGAACUCAAAGUUCCUCACCACAUUCAGGAGACUUCAGUCAACUUGUACAUGGAAAUUUCCAACCACAACGAGAUUGCAGCAUUGUUGAAGAGCACUGAGAUACAUGUGCCAUUUGACCAAGAGAUCUCUUCCGCGCACCUGGCAAAGGCUGGGGUUCAACCGUUUGCGGAGAUAGAAACCUGCAGGAGCAGGCACAAAAUCCAAAUCGAUGCCGACACGCCUGAUAUUCCCUGUUCAAGUUUCGCUGUUUUUGUCGACAUUGACCAAGUCAAUUUUUUGGAAGAAUCUGUUCAGAAGUCGGAGAAUGACUAUGUCAUUGGAGAGGUGGAACUUGAUUCAGAAUCCGUGAAGACGCUGUCAACCACUCAAAAAGUUCAAUUGCUUCGAUAUGCCUUGAAUACCUUGGGUAUCACAGCGACCUCGCCGCCAUCUGGGCUGUGGAGUCCGAUCUCGGAAUCCGCAGCAACUCCGCAGUUGAAUGCAGAGGCAGCAGAGCUGAUGUUCUGCUGCAUUAUCACAAACCUGGUCUUCAUCACAGCGGUUGAUGGGUACAAGGUGUUGGCGCCAGAUGCACCACAGGUGGAGGUUUUGGUGAAUGGCAGCCGUCCAGAAGAACUUUUUGCGUCGGAGAUCCGUUUGGGACCUUUGGUGCAGAACGAGAGCAAGUUAGAUUCCUUUGGCUAUGCAAAGCAUCCAAAGGACACGUUAGAUUGGCAAGACCUUCGGAGCAUCAUCAAGGGACGAAAGUGCUCCAACGAGAAGGCGGAUGAACAAUGCGGAGAGUUGGUUUGCCGAAAGGGGCUGUGCAGCUACUGCACACAAGACUCCGAGUGCCCUUCGCUGCAUCAAUGCAUGAUUAGUUCGAAUGGUGGGCAAACCUGCCGUGCGAUGCAACGCAAGGCAUGGGAGUCAGCAUGGAAUGAUCGUAGCGAGAAAUUUUGCACGUUCCUCAUUCUGGUGUCCUCUGCUUUAGCUGCUGCAUCAGGAACUGGUGGCGGAAGUAUCUUUGUGCCUGUCCUGAUUUCCUUUUCUUACUUGCAGGAAUCCGCAGUCGUUGCAUUGUCUCAGUUCAUGAUUCUUGUCGGAUCAAUGGUCAACCUCUCUGUAUUCGUUUCCAGAAGGCAUCCAGACUUCCCUGAACUGCCUGUCAUCGAUUAUGAUUGCAUCGUGGUGCUCAUUCCGAUGCUUUGCUUAGGAGUUACCUUAGGGGUGUUGGUGAAUCGAUCGGCGCCUUCUUGGUUACUUUUGGCGCUCCUUUGUUCCACAUUGUGCCUGGCGCUUUGGCGCACUGGCACCAAGGGCUUGAAGCAGCUGAAGAAGGAACAGGAACAGCUUUGUGUGCGCCUGGAAGAAGAGGUUCCGGAAUCUGCCCCGGAGGUAGUUGUGAGCUACGCAGACGUCCUAGGGGAAUUAAUGGAAGCCAAGUCUGAGCAAAUUGCUGGCAUUGCCAUGGUGUGGUUGCUGAUGCUGGCAGCGAGUCUGCAUGGUCUUCCAUACUGUUCUGCCAAGUACGGAGCUUUUGUGGUUUGCUUGGCGGCUUUGCUCAGCACCUUUGCACUGGUCAUGACAUGGCGCUUCCAAGCUACGUCGUACCUGAAUCCCAUCGAUUGGUUGAAAGGGGGUGAGGAUCGUCACCCAAUGACCUUCCCAAUGGUGGCUUUUGGUACUGGAUUCCUGGGUGCCAUGUUAGGCCUUGGAGGCGGCAUUCUCUUGAGCCCGGUGUUGAUUGAGGUUGGCAUGCACAGCGAAGCAGUACAGGCGACUGUAGCCAGCUUCGUGUUUUUGUCCAGCUCUCUGGCAACAAUCCAGUACUUCAUGAUGGAUCAGAUCGUUUGGCACUAUGCCUUGUGGUAUGGGAUGGUGGCCGUGGGAGCGACCUUCCUGGGGCAGACGGCUUGCGAGAUAUUUAUCCGGAAGCGACGGCGUUAUUCCUUCAUCACGCUGUCCGUAGCAUCGGUACUCUUGCUCUCGUUGAUUUGCUUAUGCGUUGUGGGCACGAAAACAGUGGCGCACGACUACGACAUGGGCAAACCCUUGGGCUUCAGCUUCACGCGCCUGUGCAACAGUGGACGCGGUUCCAUCAUUCGGCCCAAUGUCGCUAUGGGUGAUGGCGUUGCAAUGCUGCGCUCACCUCAUGAUUGAGAUGCACAGGAUUGCACAGGCUCCUGAGAAGACCCAGAGGCGCAUAGCUCCAAAGAGAACAUUUCCCUAACAGUAG